UGGCCCCACUCCCCCGGGCAGGGCCGGGCCGCUCUGCGCCGCGCGCGGAGACUGUUUGCUGGGCCGGCUGGAGGGAGACGUCAGCCGCAGCCUGUCUCUGGGCCUGUCCGUGCUGCAUUAUCCCCGCCUCCUUCCCUGCGAGGGGAGCGUGUGCGAGCCGGGAGCCUCCUCACCGCGCAGCCGCCGCCUGACGCCCCCACCCCGCCUAGAGGCGCCGCCGCUCCCCUCCCGCCAGCCCGCCGGUUACCCGCGGCUCGGGGGUUAUUAAACCCGCCGGGCGCGUCGCAGCUGCCCCCCCCUCCCGGUGCCGCCGUGAACAUGGCGAAAGUGGAGCAGGUCCUGAGCCUCGAACCGCAGCACGAGCUGAAAUUCAAAGGUCCUUUCACAGAUGUUGUCACUACAAACCUGAAACUUGGUAAUCCUACAGACAGAAAUGUGUGCUUCAAAGUGAAAACUACAGCACCACGCAGAUACUGCGUAAGGCCUAACAGUGGAAUUAUUGAUGCAGGAACAUCAAUUAAUGUUUCCGUGAUGCUACAACCUUUCGAUUACGACCCUAACGAGAAAAGUAAACACAAGUUUAUGGUACAGUCUAUGUUUGCUCCAGCUGAUACUUCAGAUAUGGAAGCAGUAUGGAAAGAAGCAAAACCAGAAGAACUCAUGGAUUCUAAACUUAGAUGUGUAUUUGAGCUACCAGCAGAAAAUGAUAAACCUCAAGAUAUAGAAAUAAAUAAAAUUAUAUCCGCAACUGCAAAGACAGAAUCCUCUGUAAUGUCUAAAUCAAUAAGUUCUUCCUUGGAUGACACUGAAGUUAAGAAAGUAAUGGAAGAUUAUAAGAGGCUUCAAGUAGAAGUUCAGAGGUUACGGGAGGAGAGUAAACAGUUUAAGGAAGAAGAUGGUCUGCGGAUGAGGAAGGCUCCCCAGACAAACAACCCAAUAUUUGCAUCUGCAACUGCUGUCAAGGAGGAAGGGCUCAGCACUAGACUACUUGCUCUGGUGGUUUUGUUCUUUAUCAUUGGUGUAAUUAUAGGAAAAAUAGCCUUGUAGAGGCAGCAUGCUGAGGAUUGUAAAUUGGCUUGAUGGUUCUGCCAUAUCAUUGGAUUAAAUUUAUUCAUAACAAUGUUUUAAAAAAAUUAAUGUAUGACAUCUCACAGGUCUUGCCUUUAAAUUACCCCUGCACAAAUAUAACAUAAUGUAAUCCUCUUGAAAGUUUAAAAUGUACAAUGAGUGAAUGAAUGAUAAAGAAUGUUCUUUAUUAAGGGAUGAGGAAAAAAUCAUGAGUUAACACUACAAUGGCAUAUUGUAAAUGUCAUUUUAAACAUUCUUAGACCUUGGUACAUGUUGCUGUCCCCCUGUCCAUUUUAAAAAAACAAACAAUUAUUCUUCCGCUGCUGGAGCUGGCCCUUUUGGAUGUUUGGAGCUGGGUUAGGCAGGAGAGGUUGAUAACUUCUGUAAAAUACGUUGAUCCACCAUUCUGCUCAUAAAGUUAACAGUUUGUCAGUGUCUUCAACUCUGUGCAAAUUAACAAUCUAUUGGCACUUAAAUUAAUAGAAGCUGAAAAGAAUUGUAUGUGGCAGCGCUGAAUGUGCUAGGCAUCAUUAAGAGGCAUAUAAUGACUGGUAGGACACCCAUUUGGAAUAAAGGUCAAUGCCUUGUUCUCUUAAAGGGACCAAGCUACAUUGCUGUUGGUUCAUUUAGUUGAAUUGAAAUGUUGUUCAGAGAUGUUUAAUGCAUAUUUAACUUAUUUAAUGUAUUUCAUCUCAUGUUUCCUUAUGGUCACAUAUUGACUAAUACUAUGAUAUAAAAAGGCACCUGUUCUAAAACCAGUGGAUAGAACUAAAAAAUUACUGCUGUAGUGAUGCGAGAUUCUUCUGCCUCCUCAUGUUUUGGGCACUAUGUAAUUGUUAAAGUUUUGAUCACUUAAACACUGGGGAAACAGCAGUCAGGAAACUGUUUUUUGUAUGUAAAUAAAUAAGUCUAUCUAGCAAAACAAUUAGUAGUAAACUAGUUCUAUGCCGUAAAAAGACCAAUCCUGUUUGACUAUGUAGCAUCUUAAAAAAAAAAAAAAAAAAUUAAAUAAAGCCCAGAGAUCAAAGUUCAUUUAGUUACUUUUGUCAAAGUCAAUUAAUUUUUUUUAAAGGACCUGCAGUUAGUCACUUUGAUGGAGCUUAUGUACGGCAUCACGAAAUUGCUAGUCUUACCUCAACGCUGUUUCCUCCAGCCCCAUUUUAGUCUCCAGAACCAAUCUCCAGAGAAGCACAUUUGAUGAAAUACUGAUGUUUAGAUUAACCACAUUGUCGGUCUGUUUAUUACUCGGUAUCCUCUGCUGUUUUUCAGACUCCCGUGAUUGGAGUCAGUAGUCAGUAAGCCUGAGAAUUUAUACAAAGUGACACUCUAAGGCAGUAAUAGUAGUAAUAGUAAUAAUACUAAUAAUAGUAAUGUUACUAUAAGUCAGUAAUAAUAAUAGUACUAACUAUAAGGCAUAUAUCUUCACUAUAUUCAAGCAUGAUAUGUAGAUGACCUAUUCUUUUCAGCCAACUACUCAUAUAAUCUUAGUUGGAUUGCAGUUUCAGAAGCCAUCAGGGUAAGAUGUGCAAUAGAUUGAAACUUAGUCGCACACCUCUGACUCCUGAAGCACUUAAAAAGAUGGCUUCCCUUUCUAUUUCUUUGUUAUUCCUAAAUCAGGCUGGAGGAGAGGAGGAGGGGAGGGAGUGUUUGGAUUGGUAGAUUUUUGUUGCCAUCUACUUUUCCACCCUUGCCAUAAUAAUCAAAAUGCUAAUGGAUAUUUACUUAUCUAUCAAAUGGUUGCCUCUGCUCUACAUCGUGCAGAUGAGCAGAAUUUUCCAGUGCUACCCUUGCAGGUCAAGUAAAAUCCCAACAUGUCCUCUGCGUAUGUAUGUGUUUCUGUGGAGACUUCUUGCAGAAUAGCCGACAAAAACAGGAAGAGGUGCAUCUUCAGACAGGAUAUGAAGAUAGACCAGAGUCAAAUCUGUUCCAUAUGGUAGGGGCAAAGCAAUUAUAGUCUCCAUUUUUUGCAUGAGUGCAAGACGGGUUGGAAACAGUGCAAAGGAAGAAGGUAGGUAGUAGUGAGAUCAGCAAGGUAGGAUGGGGCAUGAUUGUACAAGGAUUUAAAAAGCUACAGCUUUGCUCUUUAGGGACUAGUAACUAAUGGAAGCAUUCUGAAACUCUUCAACUUCUGUUAACCAAAUGACCGAUCAACAUAGGAAGCAUUCUGAAAGGGAGAGUUGUCUUUUAAAAGACAUGGGAUAAAUAUGAUGCCUGAAGAAUUCACUUUCAUGGCUUUGUAGGAUGUAUCUGGAAGAACCUGGACUAAAGAGCGACUGAAGGCAAAUGUUUGGGUGGCUGUGGCCAUUGGAACAUUUGUGGCUCUUCUAAAAGCAGAGGCAGCCUCACAAGUGCAAUUUUAAAACACAAGCCAGCAUUGCAGGGUAACGAUGGAGGAUAAGCGUUAAUGUUGGCCUGUUUUGUGGGGGGGGUCGGACGAGUUGUAUUUUUUUUGGCUUUGGCUGGUGCACUGAGCAACUGUCACGCACCUUAUCCACUAAAAUUGACUUUGGUGGCACAGAUGAUUGAUGGCUAAAGAAGAAAGCCAGAAGUGUGUGUUGGUGUCCUCAGGCCAUAGCUUGUUUAAUGGCCAUGCCUCUGAAUGUCUCUGAAAACUUAACAUUUUAAACAAUUUAUGAGUGAAGUUGCUUUUAUUAGUUUUUGUGUUACCGUAGCACCUAAGGGACCCCAAACAAAGAUACCCCCAUUGUACUAGGCACUAUACAAAGACAAUCCCUACCUUGAGGCGUUUACAAUCUAAGUCGCUAGCUAGCUAUUGAUCCAUCAGAACUGGCUGCUAUGAUCAUACGGGUGUGUUCCAUGGUACUACCUGAGCUACUCUGUUCUGUAAGCGCCUCAAAUAACUCGUUACUAUUAAAACUUGGAAUUUAACAAAACUCUGAAGUGUCUCAUAUCCUGCCUGACAGGAGCCUAACAAACAGAAGCCUGGAAAUGUCUAGUGUAGCCCCCAAGUCCUUCAAAAAAUUAGUCCAAGCAAAGGAUAGCCAGUGUCAAUUGAAUUCUUAUUACCCACUUGUUGGACAGAAAGCUACUGUAUUCCCACCUGCUGGAGACAGAAAACUCACAACAUUUCAAAAAGACUGGUAUUCUUUUGCAAAUGCGCAGUGUUCCCUUUUUCCACCCUCUUUGAAGAAAACACUCUAUAUACACCUGUAUUUACUGGUACAAGAUCUCUGAUAGAGCUAUCUUUCAGGUAAGAGACCCAUUAUGGAAAUAUGUCCUUAAACUGCUUGGACAUUUAUGAAGCUUUCAUGUACUUUUAUGCCAUCUGAAGAAAUGCUUCAUCAGACUUGUAGAAAGUGAAGUAUUCUGAUGUCUAGGAGAUGUAUAAAAUUAAAAAUAUAGAGGACAGCAGGAAAGGACAUGGAAGACUAAGGAUGCAAUGGAAAGACUCUGAAGAGAAGUUUGAAGAGGACUGGAAGUGCAGGACCUAUGAACCCAUGCCUUGAACGUGAAGGAGUGGCAAAUAAUUGUGGGCAGCUCUGAGCCUGUGUAAACGAGAAAAGGAGUGAAUGUGUAACUUUUUAUUAUAUAAAAACUAUGCAGAGCAUGAAGUUUAUAAAUCACGUUCAUAGUGUAUAUACCUGUAAUUUCACACUCAUGAUAUAACACCCAGGUGUGAGCAAACUACUGCUUAAUCUCUGUGUCUGUGGAAUCCACACUCUAAAAAUUAAGCAUCCACUAUUCUUGUUUUUAAAAUAAUCCCUUAGAAUGCCUCACUCCCAUGGAGGUUUUGCUGUUAAUUUCAGUGGAAGCAGGAAAAGUGUCUAAUCAGAAUUUUCACUUUGUAGAACUUGAGAAUAUGUUUCCCCUUUAGACACAAGCUUUAAAUUUACUUGCAAGGAAGCUAACAUAUCUUUCCGUGAAGUCUGUAGAAUGCAAAUAAAUAAAAGGAACUUUUUCCUAUUUUCACACUGAAGCCCAUGUUUUCAAAUGAGGGGAUUCCAUGCAUAAAUUAUCAGAAUUGUCUUUGUGUUGGCAGUCCCCUAAUUUACACACACACCUAUAGCAAUUGCAUAUGCAGGUUAAGCACCAAACUUUUGUGUGCAUGUUUUCACAUGUGGAAUGAUUUUUAAUUGACGACCUGUGUCAUUAGAGAACAAGGUAGUGCUCAGUACGUAACAGGGAUUGGUAUACCAUAAUGUAGUUCCCUAAAAACAUGAAAUUUUAUGUAAGAUGCCUGUUAAUAGUAUUCAAUGUUAAUUCACUUUCUCUGAAGUGCUGCCAGUGGAGUACAAUUUGAAAUCCAUUCUGCAAAUUGUUAGUGUCUCCUCACCAGUACACUAUAAAGGGAUUAUAUCUUCUGUGCACAGACACCUGAAUUAUUAUAAAAAUCUUGCCUUGGCAGCUAACAAAUACAAACAUAUACAACUGUAUAUAUAUCUGCAUACUUAACAAUGGCAUUUUACAAUCUUAAAAUGUUUAAUAUUGGAAUUCUUAAUACAAGAAAGCCAAGGGAAUUCAGAACAGUGGCUUAAUUUUUGUAGUUAUCACUCCUCUUUCAGGAAAUAUGUUAAUGUUCUUUUGUUCCUCUUAACUGGAGAUCAUUCCUAAUUCUUAGGCACAAUAGACAAAUUUAAAGACAGUGUUUUCAGCCUUCAAAGCUACUUAUUUUGCUUAUUGCGGUGUCAUGAAGCUUGUCCUGAGGACUGUUGUUUGUAUUGGCUGUACGUAUGCACUCUUUGAUUUUGAAGAAUAUAUAAAACAUUCUGAACGUCCAUGUUCGUAGUGGCUCCAUUAACAGCAAUGCCACUUCACAGCAGCAGUAUAGAACUGGAGAGCUGUUUUUCCACUCUAAUUCAACACAAGUUUGCAGCUGCUAUUGAAAAUCUCUGGUGGCCAGUUUGAGAGAGAAGUGGUAAAUUGUGUUCAUUUUCAGGUAACGGGUGCAAGGACUGCAUUCCAGAAAACGUGAAGGGGAGACUUCAACAUGCCCAGCUGAUGCAGGUGCACAGUUAUACAUUAAAAUAACUGAUUGGAUGCAUUUCUGUGUGCAAUUUUUGAGUUGUGUGCACAAUUCCAGUACAAAUAAGGCAGGCCUGAAGCAGCUAAGCUUUAAAGUAUUGGAUAUCUGCAUGCCUUUAAGAAACAUUAUUAGACUUUUACACUGUUCAUAGAUCCCUUAAUUUUUAAACUCUGGCAGCGAUAAGCAGAAAGCACAAACAGCAAUUUGGAGUAUACAUUUCACUUUCAGAUACAAGUGCUGUAUAGUGCAUGGUGAGAAAUGUGUCCCACUCUACCAUCAUGCUGUGCUGGGGAGAACGGGCUUACAGCAAUUCCUUGAUUUUUUUUUAUUUUUUUUUUAUUUUAAAUUGGCCCAUUUUAAGAUAGGAGCUUUUAUUUUGUUACAGAAGUACUAUUACAAAGAGCUUCUAUUAUGAUUUGUGAAGGAGAUGAGUCCACUGCAUGUGGAAGCUGUUGUGGCUUAUUAUGCAAUAACAUAAUUAUAUGUGCUUCUCUAAAAAUGUAAUUUUACUCAUUAGAAAAUGUUCAUAGAAAUCCAUCAGGGACUUCAUAGAAACAAGUGACUUUAACAACAUGCUGUGCCUGAUCGUUCAUGUAGCUUGAAACAUAGCCAUACUAAAGAUUGACUUGAUUAAAAGAUGACAAUGGAAUACAACACUAGCAUAAAUAAUCUCCUGCUGCUAAAUAGAGAGAGAGAUCCUUUGACCAUGUCCGAUAAAGAUUACUUUAAGUAGACAUCAAUCUGUGGGUAUAAUACAAUCACUUGCUCUAAGGGAUGUUGGUACAGAAGUGACACUGUUCAGUGUACCAUUACUGACUUGUGUUUUGAUUAGCUGUAAAGAACAAAGUAACUGUGUUCUUCAGCCACCCAGAGUAGCUUAAUCAUAAAACUGCUGUUUUAUGAAUAGGCUGAUUUUAUUAUUGGGUGAAGCUAGGGGUUCUAGUACCUCUAAGUAACAGCCACCCAGGAAUCUAUUACAUAAUAUAAACCAUUUCACCAUUGCUGUAGUCAUUCAUUUGCAAACUAACUGCAGUUAUUGUGCAUAGAUCAUUAACUCCACCAUACUCUGCCAUGUACUGUGAUCUUGCUUCCUGUAUAAACUACCUGCAAAUGUUCACUUGAAAAAUAAAUUUUGAUGUAGA